UACAUUUAUGAAACGAAAAACCCAAAAGCUGUUUAUUUCUCAAUAAGCCGUAGCUGAACCCUAAUUGCAAGUUCAGAGCUUCGAUUGAAGAUGGGUGAAAUUGCUCCCGCCGCCGCCGUGAAGCUUCCGAUUCACGGGAAGCGGAACGUCCUCAUAACCAGCGCCUUGCCUUACGUGAACAACAUUCCUCAUCUCGGAAACAUCAUCGGCUGCGUGUUGAGUGCUGAUGUAUUUGCGCGGUACUGCCGAAUUAGAGGAUAUAACACGAUAUAUAUAUGUGGUACGGAUGAAUACGGGACUGCAACCGAGACUAAGGCAAUGGAGGAAGGCUGCUCUCCAAAGGAAAUAUGUGACAAGUACCACGCUAUUCACAAGGAGGUGUAUGACUGGUUUAAUAUAAGCUUUGAUGAGUUUGGUCGUACUUCGAGUCCACAACAAACUGAAGUUUGCCAAGCCAUAUUCAAAAAACUUUUGGAUAAUAACUGGCUUUCAGAGAACACAAUGCAGCAGCUUUACUGCGAUACAUGUAAAAGAUUCUUGGCUGACCGGCUUGUGGAGGGUAAUUGUCCAACACCAGGUUGUAAUUAUGAUUCUGCACGUGGAGAUCAGUGUGAGAAGUGCGGGAAACUCUUGAAUCCCACAGAACUUCUGGAGCCAAAAUGCAAGGUUUGUCACAAUACUCCUCGCAUCCGUGAUACAAAUCACCUCUUUCUUGAGCUCCCCUUACUCAAGGAUAGAUUAGAAGAAUAUAUCAACACCAUGUCAGUAGCUGGGGGUUGGAGUCAGAAUGCUAUCCAAGCAACACAAGCUUGGCUUCGAGAAGGUCUGAGACAACGGUGUAUUACAAGAGAUUUAAAAUGGGGGGUUCCUGUUCCACAUGAGAAAUUCAAGGACAAGGUUUUUUAUGUGUGGUUUGAUGCUCCUAUUGGAUAUGUCUCAAUCACUGCAUGUCACACACCAGAGUGGGAGAAGUGGUGGAAGAACCCCCAAGAUGUGGAGCUGUACCAGUUCAUGGGCAAAGAUAAUGUCCCAUUUCAUACCGUGAUGUUCCCCUCCACUCUUCUUGGAACAGGUGAAGAUUGGACUUUGAUGAAAACCAUCAGUGUUACAGAGUACUUGAACUACGAGGCAGGGAAAUUCUCAAAGAGUAAGGGCAUAGGAGUAUUUGGAAAUGAUGCAAAAGACACUAAUAUUCCUGUCGAAGUGUGGAGAUACUAUUUGCUGACAAACAGGCCAGAAGUAUCUGACACAUUGUUCACAUGGGCUGACUUGCAAGCAAAGUUGAAUAGUGAGCUUUUGAGCAAUCUUGGAAAUUUCGUCAACCGUGUCUUGAGUUUCAUUGCCAAAGAUCCAGGUUCAGGUUAUGGAUCCUUGAUUCCUGAUGCUCAGGGUGCAGAAUCUCAUCCGCUUACAAAGGCAUUGGGAGAAAAAGUUGGUAAUUAUGUGGAGCAGUAUGUAGAAGCAAUGGAGAAGGUGAAACUAAAGCAGGGGUUAAAGAUUGCUAUGACGAUAUCUGGUGAAGGAAAUGCAUAUUUGCAAGAAAGUCAAUUUUGGAAGCUUUACAAGGAGGAUCAGGCAACUUGUUCCGUGGUCAUGAAAACUUCAGCUGGGCUAGUGUAUCUGCUAGCAUGUCUCUUAGAACCAUAUAUGCCAUCCUUCUCCAUUGAGGUUCUGAAGCAGCUUAACUUGCCUGAAACACACAUUUCUCUUAGCGAUGAAAAGGGUGAUAUUGCAAGAGCUAAAAGACCUUGGGAUUUCUUACCUGCAGGCCAUAAGAUUGGAAAUCCCACACCAUUGUUCAAAGAAUUGAAAGAUGAGGAAGUAGAGUUCUACAGGCAGAAAUUUGCAGGAAGUCAAGCUGAUAGGAUUGUGAAAGCUGAAGCUGAAGCAAAAAAGCUUGCUGCAAAAUUCAAGGAAACUAAAAUAUCAGAUGGCAGCACUGCAAAGAAGGAUAAGACCAAAAAAACUGCUGAAACAAAGGCCAAGGCUUCUACUCCUGCUGAUACUGAAAUUUCCAUUAGUAGACUAGAUAUUCGUGUUGGUCUCAUUACGAAAGCCCAGAAACAUCCUGAUGCAGAUUCCUUAUAUGUGGAAGAGAUUGAUGUUGGUGAACCUCAUGCCCGCACAGUCGUUAGUGGCUUGGUCAAGUAUAUACCCCUAGAAGAAAUGCAGAAUCGAAAAGUUUGUGUCCUUUGUAACCUGAAGCCUGCAACCAUGAGGGGCAUAAAGUCUCAAGCAAUGGUCCUUGCAGCUUCCAAUGCCGAUCACACCAAGGUUGAGUUGGUGGAACCUCCCGAAAAUGCUGUUGUAGGCGAAAGAGUAACAUUCCCUGGCAUUGAGGGCUCAGCAGAUGAUGUUCUAAACCCAAAGAAGAAGGUUUGGGAAACCAUUCAAGUGGACUUGCGCACAGACAAGGAGCUGGUGGCUCGUUACAAGGAUCUUCCCUUCACAACAACAGCAGGUGUGUGCAAAGUUGCAUCAAUCAGCGAUGGCACAAUCCGGUAGGUUAUGCGCCUUUUAAAGUUCUUAAAGUGCUCCAGAUUUUGAUCUGUUUAUUAACUUAAUGCAAAAGAAAAAAAAUGAAAUGAAAUGAAAUGAAAGAGGACUACAAAUAUCUUUAUCUGAGUCGAAUGUCUGGAAUUCGAACUCGACUUGAUAUUUAUAUGGUAAAAUAUGUAUUUAGAUUUUAAGUUGAUACGUUGAGUUAGUUUUCAAGUGUUAUAUGAACAGCAAGGUAUGAUGCUGCUUCCAACUUGUUCGAUAUAGAUUGAUUUUAAUGUGAUAUUUGUCGUUUGAA